GGAGACGUUGUCGAUUCGAGUGCAUUUUACAUGAACACAUCGUGAGCCCGACUAAUUAGAUGGCGCCCACCUCCUUGCGCGGUAGUGGACUCAUGGCGACGUCGAAAAUUUGGACCGGGGAGCCAGGAGGCAAGAUGCCGGUACUACGUAGGACUUGCUAUCAGAACUGAACAUCGCGCGCAUUUUCAGAGAAGCUACAGCGCAUGAAGAUGUCCUCGUCCCCAGAGCCAACACUUCGUGCAGCAACCACCAUGUGCAUGCCUUAAGGCUUGACUCGGCUCAGUUGCGCAACAUAUUCCGCCUUUCGGAAUGGUUACCCUUAAAUAAAAAAGGACCAGCGUCCCUUCAUCUCCUCGACGACUGACAUGCUGCCCGACUCUUUGGCACCACGAAGCCCCCAUCCAGGUGCUGGGGGAAGACGGCCCAAACAAUACCAUAGACAUGCCUGUACCCAAUGCAAGCGAAGCAAGCGUGGUUGUGAUCGGGACUGGGCCGUUGACGGCGGGAAGUGUUCGGUUUGUGACAGAUUGCAAGUCUCUGUGAGUCUCCUAGAAUCAAGCCGGGUUUCGAAUGACGCCGGGAUUUUGGACGGUGUUGAACUUGCGGAAAGCCAUUUUCCAGGAAUUUUCGACCGAGAUCGGUUCACGGAGCGCUCAAUGCGUCCCAUGGAGGUAAAGCGCGAUGGUCAUGAACAUUUCAGUCCUAUGUUACAUUGGGUCUUCUGCCUCCUUCGCAAGAGCCUAGGACCGUAUGAAUCUCGGGAGCUCUUGGAGAAAGCAAAACGAGCUUUUGGAGAAGAGUUCGAGGACCCUAGUCUCGCCACCAUCAUGGCUACCAUCCUCCUAUCAGAGAUGCUGUCUAAGUUAGAAGAACCCUACUGGCAGUUUGGGUUACAUUCAUGCCACAAGCGCGAUCUCCUGAAAAAUGUGCCUUCCAAUAAUAUUAGGCAACUUAUGGAGAAAGUCCGUGCGCUUGCUAAGGAAGCGGGAUUCGGGUUACGUGACCACUGCACCUAUGAGGCGACUCAGCCUCAGCUGCCUCCAUCAUCGACGCAUGAGUAUGCGCGACUUAUGAUCCCUCAGGCCCCCACGCAGAGCGUGGAUGCUACCAACAUGAACGCGACACCAGUGGAGCCGCUCGAUGGCUAUUUGCUUACCGGAUCCACGCUUGAUAACUUUAAUAGCCUUACCGCUACUCAGGAGCCUGCGUUCGAGCCUUGGAAGCUUAAUUUGAGUGACUGGCGAUCGUUUGCAUUAUACAACAGGUCAGCCAAUGCGAUGGAGUUUCCGGCCCUAGGCCCUUCAUUUGAUUAUUGAGAAGCUAGCCCUGGUUGGUUGUAUACAUACGUUGGAAACGUGUGUAAGUGGAUUGAUGCGUUCGAGGCAUUGAGUUUUCAAUUCAGUGCCAGUACGGCAUGAUGUAUGUUUGCCAAGGGUCAGUGUUGGACAUGAUGACGCGCCGGUACGCGUAUCAUCGGUUAUUGACAUGAUACCUCUUGACCAUGUGUUACAUGGUUCGCUGUUGCCUACGUUCCACAUGUAGCGCUUAGGUGCAAUUUCCUUAUCACUUUGUCUGAUAUCCUUUUAUUACUUUAGCUACUUAUACCGCCGUGCGGGCUAUAACGUCAACUAGUUCUGUUCUCC